GUUGCCUGUAAACAUCAAGACAUCGGCACGUGUUAUCGCAGUGUGGAUAUUGACCUGUUGAGUGGAGCUUCCACACACGACCAGGGAAGCGUUUACAAUGUUACGAUAUUUAUGCGACUUUCUCAGUUUAACAGUGGUUGCAACAUGCAUCAUCUUGAAAGUGCCACAGAUACUGUCAGUCAGUAAAGCCAAGAGCAGUAAAGGGGUCAGUCUCGGCAGCGUUCUGCUAGAAGAAUGUGGGUAUUCAAUAAUGCUGACAUAUCAGUUUGCAAUGGAAUAUCCAGUUUCAACAUAUUGUGAAUAUGGAUUUCUAGUUUUACAAGAUUUAACACUCAUCUUAUUAAUAUUGCAUUACUCCAGUGGAGUCAAAGUAAAAUUUUUGCCAUUGUUUGCCAUUUACUUUGUUUGUUGUGUUGCUAUUGCGUUUCGAUUUCUACCCGACGUUUUACUGACAACUGUUAUUAGUUUGGUGACACCCAUCAGUGCUGGCAGUAAGCUGAUCCAGAUAGCAGCCAUCCUCAAGAGCCAGGAUGCCGGAAGUGUGAGUCCAGCCACGUGGGCCAUGGCGUCAUACACCACAAUCGUUCGUAGCUUGACCACUGUGGUUCUAACUGGAGACGUGGCCAUCUUGACAAACUUCGCUUCUAGUGCCACCCUUAACCUGUUGCUAACAUACCUGGUACUCCGCUACAGACGGACGGACAAGAAAAAGACGACAUAGGCUGUUACUAGCUGCUGCCUUUCACUACACAUUUCUGAAUGCUCGAAUAAACAUUGGUACUGUAUAACAGAGAAUGGAAAACUAGAUAAUAAAAUAUUUUACUGUUA